CUUGAAGUGCAGCCUUCGUUGUUUUUUUUUGGAGGCGGCACAUGGCGAGUAUCAUUGAUUGCACAGUUGGGGUUCAAAUUGGAAGGAACGAUCGCAUCUCUCUCGGUGCUUGACAACAUGAGAAGAGUUUGUGACUUGAAUAAACUUUCUAAGUAUGAUUUUAUGCAUGGACUAUCAACUAGUUCUAAUGCGGAUUGAGGUUGGAUUUGACUCACUUUUCUCUGGGCUGAUAGAUUACCAAGACAGGGCUAAACGUAAAAAGGAGAAGAGUCUCGAGGUUAUCUGGCAGAGUAGAAAGAGCCUUUGGCUCAUCUGCCUAGGGAAGGAGCAAGUGACUGUGGUGAAAGAAAAUGAUUUAGCGAAUAAGGAAAUGAUUGGGAAGUCUGAUAUUGUAGGACCAGCCUUGUAUGGCAUCUCAACAAAACCUUCUGCUCCAUUUCUUGUCCUCCUUGAUAAGAAGCAAUGUUGAACCAAUUCUUGAACAAUAUAAGCCAAUUAUUUUUUGUUCUCUCAUCUUAUUCAAGUAGACACUUGGCACAGUGGCUCCACAAUUUACAGUAAGACACAAUGGAAGUGGAGCGAAUACAAACCUUAGCGCUUAACCACCAGCUGAAAGAGCUUCCACCACAGUUCAUUCGCCCCGCUAACGAACGGCCAGAAAAUACAAAAGCUGUGAAGGAUGUCACAUUACCUGUUAUAUCUUUGUCUCUGCCACACCAUGUUUUGGUGAAGAAGGUUACGGAAGCUGCAUCCGAGUGGGGAUUUUUUAUCAUUACCGACCAUGGUAUGUCGCCGACACUCAUCCAACGUUUGCAAGAGGUGGGUCAAGCGUUCUUUGCUCGUCCUCAGGAGGAGAAAGAGGCAUAUGCGAAUGACCCCUCCAAGGGUAACUUUGAUGGGUAUGGCACCAAGAUGACCAAGAACCUUGAAGAAAAGGUUGAGUGGGUGGACUACUAUUUUCACGUCAUGAGUCCUCCUUCUAAGGUCAACUAUGACAUGUGGCCCAAAAGCCCUCCUUCCUACAGGAAGGUAACACAAGAAUACAAUAAGGAGAUAUUAAGGACAACUGAAAAGAUUUUGGAGCUCUUAUCUGAAGGGCUGUCACUGGAAAGGAAGGUUUUAAAGUCUUGCUUGGGAGAUAAGGAAAUAGAACUAGAAAUGAAGAUAAAUAUGUAUCCACCAUGCCCACAGCCUGAAUUGGCAUUGGGAGUUGAACCCCACACUGACAUGAGUGCCCUUACCUUACUUGUUCCGAACAUUGUUCCCGGCCUCCAAGUUUGGAAUGGAAAUAACUGGGUUGAAGUCAAUUACUUGGAAAAUGCACUCUUUGUGCACAUUGGUGAUCAACUUGAGGUGAUGAGUAAUGGGAAGUACAAGAGUGUUCUGCAUAGAAGCUUGGUGAACAAGGAGCAUACACGGAUGUCAUGGGCUGUAUUCGUUGUGCCACCACAUGAUGCGGUUAUCGGGCCCCUUCCUCAACUCAUCAAUGAUCAAAAUCCUCCCAAGUUUUCAACAAAAACCUAUGCUGAGUACCGCUAUCGCAAAUUCAAUAAGCUUCCACAAUAGGAUUCAAAAACUGCCUUGUUUUUCUUACACCAUGUAUUAUUUAUGGGAUGUAUCCCUUAAAAUUUUAUAAUAGCUACUCAUUUUAAUUACCUCUGUGAUGCACGAGAAUUUUAUGUUGUUUGAAUAAUGAAAUAUUCAUUUUUAGAAAUUAUAAUAUAUAUUAUGAAACUGUCAAUAUAUGAUUAUAUGAUAAAAUGUGGUGUGUGAAGUAGUUACUUGAUUCUUAUAAGAGUAUUAUAAAAUGAACAUUCAAAUCAGAUAAGGAUCUUCGCUAUCAAAACAUGAAAUGACAUAUUUUUUGGUCUAGGGUCUUAGGUAUUUUCUGUACAGGCAAACAAGUGCGAUCGGGAGCAUCCACAA